AACGGAUAGGAUCUCUGCUCCGGAGAUUGCCAAACGGUGUGAGCUAUGGAACAGUUAACAGAAUGCCCUGCGGAAUCGGAUUUGGCAGGAAGAGCAAGCAUCUGUGAAGGAUGCCCUGGACAAGCUUUGUGCCAGUCGCAAGGAAGAGUUGACCCAGACCAAGAAAUGAUUGACAUAAGGAUGAAUCCAAUUAAACACAAAAUACUGGUUAUGUCAGGAAAGGGAGGAGUAGGUAAAUCAACAGUUGCAUGUAUGUUAGCUCAAGUAUUAGCCUCUCAAUCUUGCAAAGUAGGUGUAGUAGACUUGGAUAUCUGUGGACCAAGUAUACCUAAACUACUCUCAGUAGAGGAACAGGUUGUAGUCAACACAGAAUAUGGAUGGAAAACUCUAUUAUCACCACAUAAUGGUAUAAAAGUGAUGUCAGUUGGUGCUAUGUUAAAAUCUGACAGGGAUUCUGUUGUGUUUAGAGGACCAAGAAAAACAGUUUUAAUAAAGAGAUUUUUCAAGGACACAUUCUGGGGAAAACUUGAUUAUUUAAUAUGUGAUACUCCUCCAGGUACAAGUGAUGAACAUCUUACAGCUAUCAAAGUUUUGAAAAAUGUGAAGCCUGAUGGAGCCAUCAUAGUUACAACAUCUCAGGGUGUAUCUAUAGCAACAGUUAGGAGAGAGGUUAACUUCUGUAGGAAGAUGGGUGUGAAGAUAUUGGGAUUGGUUGUUAAUAUGAGCACAUUUAUGUGUCCUUGUUGUGAUGAAGUGACAAACCUAUUCCCAGAGGAUGAGAUAGAGAAACUUGCUGAGGAACAAAAGAUACCUAUAUUAGCGAGGAUACCUGUAGACACGAGAGUGACAUCAUGUUGUGAAGUGGGACGAAAUCCAGUGAUAGAACAUCCAGACUCACAAGCUAUAAAGUGCAUGGAACAACUCGUCAAAUCUUUAUCUAAUGUUAUAGAUAGAUAAUGGUUGCUUAGCUGACACCAUCUACUGUUAACCAGACUCACAAACUAAAAAGUGUAUGGGUUCCUUGCAAAGUCUACCAGAUAGGGUUCACCUGUCCUUGACACCAUUUCAGCAGAAUUGAAUAUUACAGGCAAUAGGUCAGCUUUUUUGGGUGAAGAGAAUGAUUAAAAGUUGUACAUGUCUGUUUGACAUGUUUCAUUUGACCAUGACUUCAUUUUCAUGGUUCAUUAGACCAUUUUCAUGGUUGAUUGGUCAAAAAUAAGUUUUCUAGGUAAUAAGUCGGUUUUUUAUUCCAUAAGCAAUGGGUUAAGUAUUGCUAAUGAGCACAAAAUAUGUUUGACAAAUGCACACAAAUUUACUGUUUAUAUUCACGUUAUUUUCAUUGUUGACUAUUAAAUAUAAAUAUUUAAGCAGGUUACAUAAACUUUAAUUAUAUAUUGUUUAUAUAAAAACAUAUAUUUACCCUGCUUUUAGUAUUGUAACUUAUAUAUAUAUAAUUAUUAAAUAUGAAAAUGCAAUGUACAGAUUCUACAGGAAGGAAUUGAGAACAGCCAAAAACUUUUAAGGAAUUUGCGUACGCUUUGAACUAUAAAAAUACUGUAUUUGUCCGAUUAAAAUUGAAAUAAUUCCUUCAUGUCAUGCUCUAUGCUCAUUUUAACAUGAGUAGGCAUUAUAUUUGAUCAUAUUUUACACCUAACUAACAAUCAGUGUAAAAUAUCUACAAAUAUAAUGCCUACCCAUGUUAAAAUGAGCAUAGAGCAUGACAUGAGGAAUUAUUUCUUAAAGUUUUUUUAAAGACUUUACACAUUAAAUCAAUCAUGGUCAGUAAAGAAGGUGAGACAUUUCAACUUGUGCACUUCUGUUAUAUCUCAGUGUAACAGCUAUGAUUAAUGGUUCUGACUUCCCUUUCAUCAGAUAAUGUACUAUGCAAAGUGGAGUGUUAUCAUUUAAAUGUAUGGCAAAUUUAAUUACCCUAUUUCAGGUAUAGCCCUCAGUGUUUACAUGUAAAGUGCUUUCUAAAUUGAAAAAGAAGCACUUACUAAGUAAUAUGUAGAAUUUGCAGAUGGUUAUUGGAAUAAUUGUAAAUUACAUUUUACACUUCACUCACUGUAAUAAACUAGUUGUACAAUUAGUACAAAUUAUAAACCUUUGGUAAGUUGUAUGUUGUCUAAAAUAUUUUCUACCGGGUAUUUGCAAUAACAGUUUGUAUCUGAAUUUAAUGUGAUUCCUGUUGUGAUAAAGUAAGGGUAGAUGUAAACAUUAAAUUGCUUUAUAUGUGUAUUAACAUAAUCUAAAAUUUCUAAAUACAAAAUUGUAAUAUUGAAAUCAGGAAAAUUGAAAAGAAACUCAUUUAACUGCUUGUUAAGAGAAAUUAGCAUUGUUAUGUUCACUUUUAUUAUCUAUACAUGUAUAUCUUAUUGUUAAAACAAUUAUGUUGAUCAUGUGUAUAAAAGUUAUAUUGGUGCUAGACUUAUAUUGAGUAUUUAUUCAAAUAUAU